AUGUGUCCGGAAGUGUCUCCGCUUGUUCUGCUUCUAUUUUGUGACAGAAAAAAGCUCCAGAGAAGCUGCAGAGUUGUGAAACUUCGGUCCGGCUGGGUGUGACGAGGGCCGGGCGGGGUGAUACGGUGAACCCCGGGGCUGAAACAUGGGCCUCUUGGCGAGGGUCCGGAAAGAGUGGUUCAUCAUCGGGAUAGUGCUGGUCAUCUUAUCGGCCAAACUGCAGCCCAGCGUCGGUGUCAGAGGAGGUCCAUUAAAGCCGGAGAUCACCGUCGCCUACGUUGCUGUCUCGCUCAUUUUCUUCAACAGCGGCCUGUCGCUGAAAACAGAGGAGCUGACCAGUGCGCUGCUCCACGUCCGGCUCCAUCUUUUCGUUCAAUCCUUCACGCUCGUCUUCUUCCCGCUGGUCGUCUGGCUGCUGCUCAAAGUGCUCGCACUCACCGCCAUCGACCAAUGGCUGCUCAGAGGGUUACAGACGUUGAGCUGCAUGCCCCCCCCGGUCUCCUCGGCCGUUAUUCUCACCAAGGCUGUCGGCGGCAACGAGGCUGCUGCCAUCUUCAACUCGGCGUUCGGCAGCUUCCUGGGAAUCAUCGUGACUCCAGUGCUGCUGCUGCUGUUUCUCGGCUCCUCGUCCUCCGUGCCCUUCUCCUCCAUCUUCUCUCAGCUCUUCAUGACGGUGGUGGUUCCUCUGAUCCUGGGUCAGGUGUGUCGCGGGUUCCUCAGGGAGUAUCUGGAGCGGCGGAAGCUCCCGUUCGGCGCCAUCAGCAGCGCCGUCCUCCUCAUGAUCAUCUACACCACCUUCUGCGACACCUUCAGUAACCCCAACAUCGAGCUGGACCCCACCAGCCUGCUGCUGGUCGUCCUCAUCAUUUUCUCCAUCCAGCUGAGCUUCAUGCUGCUCACGUUUGCCUUCUCCACCAGGUCGGGCUCAAGGUUCAGCCCCGCAGACACUGUGGCCAUCAUGUUCUGCUCCACACACAAGUCUCUCACUCUGGGUAUCCCCAUGCUAAAGAUCGUGUUUGAGGGCUACGAGCAUCUCUCUCUGAUCUCAGUCCCUCUGUUGAUCUAUCAUCCGGCUCAGAUCCUGCUCGGCUCCGUCCUGGUGCCGACCAUCCGGAGCUGGAUGACCAGCCGGCAGAAGUCUAGUGUGUUGUUGAGAUAGGGCCGCAUUCCAACACUACUCCUCCGAGCGGUGAAACUGUCGACUCUUCAGCCCGUCUGACGAAGAUGAAAUGAGUGUUUGUGCUGCGGCGGAGGGAUACAGAACAACGUGCCUUAUAACAAACAAUCAACACAGACCUCAGCGCGCCAGUCGCCUCGAUAUCCUCAGUUUCUACAACAACAAACUCAAAUUUCAUAUUACCAUCAUGUAUAUUCUUUUAUAUUUAAAAGAAGUACAAGUUUUAUUUUUAUAUGAAAUACCUAAAAGAUUCCUGCAAAAAGAGGACGGCUGUUUUUUUUUUAACGAGAACUGGAGCGUUUGGUUUCAAACACAGCACCUCCCGGCAGCAACAGGACGGGCGGAGUUACUGGGACCAUUCCUUUUUAUUUUUCUUGCUUUUUUCUACUUUUUUCUACUGUGUUUCUCUUAGCUGUCACUGCCAGAAGAUAUGGACAUGUGUUACAUGUAUGUUCUUAAUAUAAACUCAUGCUGGAUUAUCUGAUGUUUAAUAUACAGUAUAAUAAUGACGGCUGUUUCUGAUUCUUUCUAAAACAACGUUUGUUUGUUGACAAGAAGCAGUGCCGUGGUGAGGGGCUGGUGUUGAGUUAACAUGUCCAACUGAUGAAGCUAUGACAUGAACAUUGAGGUAGGGAGACUUAUUUAACUGACAGAAACUUAUAUCUAUACUUCCGGAAUCUCUGCAGAUUCUUUAUCUCUUCUCUUGCAUUGUUCACACAUUUACUUUAUCUCUUUUAUGUGUUUGUGUUUAUCAAUUCCUGACCACAUCAUUUGGCGCACACAUCGUAUUCUGGAAGAAUAUGUGGACAUUUUUCAUUUGGGCCAAUAAGGAGGCAGUUACGUCUAAUGUUACAUCUGUAUGUAGAUGAUACUCUAUUCUAUCUGAGUGAUAUGGUGAUGGUAAGAGUCAUAUCGCUUCAUAUUGAUCACCAACCAAAAUCUCACAAUGCUAACAUGCUGAUGUUUAGCAUAACCAUGUGUGUUUGCACAAAAGUUCGGGCUGAUGGGAAUGUCAUAACUCAAAGUAUUGGACGAUUACUCAUUUUUACUAGACGGUGCGAGAUGAAGUCAGAGGACCACCAAAGUAAAAACAAAUUCAUCCUGAGAGAAGCAAGAAUGUCUGAACCACGUUUUAUGGCAAUCCAUCCAAUAGUUGUUGAGCUAUUGGAAACCAUGAAUGUCUGUUGAGGUAUUUCACAGGAUAAGUAAAAACUUUGACCCACUGGUGGCGCUAGACCUUGGGGACCUCCCAAGUACUUGUGCGUCACCCCCAUGGCAUCAUAAGAGAUAUUUCAGUCUGGACCAAAGUGGUGGACUGGCCAACAGACACUGCCGUGCUACUAGCAAGGCUACAACUGAAGGUUGGACUGAUUUCCAAACGUUACGUACGUUUUCAAACAGUCAAUGUUAGCUGAUUUGUGAUGUGAACUGACAGACGCGUAUGGAAAAUGUACAAUACAAAGGGCACUUAAACGUUAUGUCCGUAAAUUAUUCGCUGGUCUCACAGCCUAGCCUUACGUACCUCUGGCCACUUAGUUCUGCAUUUCCAGCUCAGUAUCUCUGGGAAAUAUGUUCACAUUGGACUAUUCUGCAGUGCACAAUUUACAUUCAGUGCCAACGCAGGAAGUAAAGUGCCCUUUGUGUAGCAGCAUGGAUUGUGAGGGUUUGGAGUGGUAAAAUAUCUAUUAUAGCCACGUUACCAGGUGUUUUAGUGGUCUAUCCCUAGCCAUACUUUAAAGCGAUGUUUCUCUGACUUUAACCAUGACGUAGUUCUUAGGUGUUGAUAUUGGAAAAAUCAAUUAUUUUUAAAACGUUGGCCUUGGACGUUAAAACACGUUGUAGUUGAACGUAAUCCGGGAUUUUGCAGAUCCUCUAAAUUCAUCCUUUCAUCCUUUACUUUGAGUCAUCUCAUCGCCCCUGUUGUAGAUCUGGUGCACAAGAGAAGCCUGUAUUUCUUGUAUGAAAAGGAAGGUGUUCUUCACAGAAACCUCCGUUAACUCGACUGAGUGUUUCUGAUUUUAUUUACAGACCCAACGUUUUCAGCCUGUUUGGAGUUUGCAUCUCUACUACUUUACUUUGUGCUAGGGAGGUCAUUGAAGCCUCUACAGCACAAAUGCUUAUUCAUUGGUCGUCCAGUGACAGUCAAAUUCACAUUCAGGCUGUUUACAGUGGAACUGUUUUUGGAUGAAAGAUAUUGAGAAGGAUGUGUACAGGAGUGUUUUACUACUAGUUUACAUAAAGUAUUUGGAAAUAAACCUACAAACUUUAAAAAACA